AUGCUGGGUUUGUUUUUAUGUUCAUCAACAUACCAACUACAUGAGGCAAGCCGGGCGAUCUCAUGUGCCUGGACAGAGCACGCUUGCCAGGAUGAGGGAGAGGACGCGGACGAAGGCGACUUCCCCUUUCUGAAAGCCGAUCAUCCGGCAUACAAGCGGCUCCAAGAAGCUUGGCGCAAGCAGUUGACUGGUCAUAAUGACCGGGUCACGCUUCAGCUUCGAGAAAAGCAGGAGGAGCUUAAGAAGCUUGUGAAGCACCGAGAAGACAUAGGCGUGACUCUCUAUGGAGCUCAGCAGCAGCUUGCCAAGUUGCAGCUGCAACUAGAGCAGCUCCAUGACAAGUACGCCAUGGUCCAGGGACAGCGCCUAGAGGACGAUGAGAAGCUGAAGAACAUCACCACCGACUGGGAAGGCAAGAAAGUCGAGGUGGAGGAGGCUACGCGAAGGCUAGCCAAAUCGCAGGACGAGCUGAACCAGCUGAACAUCACGGUUCGGCAGGUUCAGGAGUACAAUGAGCAGAUGAAGGCCGAGAUCCAGGUCACCCGCCGAGCGACCUACAAGGCGGAGGACCACAUCAAGCAGAUCGAGGAGAUGAAGUCCAAGCAGGACCUGCUGAUCGACUCGAUGAACGAGGACAUCAAGCGGCUUACCGAGCGGAAGGCCUUGCUGGAUGCCCAGAUCUCGGCGCAGCGCCAGGAGACGGAGGCCGCCAUGGCGACUCUCCGGGAGGCGAGCCGAGAGAUGGAGGCCAUCGAGUUUGAGAAGAAGCAGCUUAUGAUGCAGUGGAGGUCCUCCCUGGUCGGGAUGCAGCGGAGAGAUGAAGCGCUGCAAAAUGUGCAGAAGGCUCUCGAGGAGCAAAGUGAGGCUGAGCUUGCCAUAGAAAACGAGAUCCGUGGACUGCAUUCCUCGAUCCGUACGGAGCAGGAUCGGAAUGACAAAGAGAUGCAGUCCUUGCAGUCUCAGAUGACAAGCCUUAAGCAAGAGCGAGAAAAGCUCAUGGACCAGUACACCACCCUGAACAAGAGCGCUUUGGCAGCACAGUAUGCGCAGUGUGCAGAUGGCAUCGAGUAG